AUGGCCACCGCAGCCCUUCGUUCACAAGUGCAGGCCAAAUGGAAUGAAGGAUUCACGCGCCUGAACCGAACAGAGCCAGGAAUCUCCGGUCUCAUGUCAUACACGGAGGCAUGGAAUGUCGCCCAGGAAUACCUGCGGCCACGCAACAUCGGGGUUGCCAAUUCGAUUCAAGGCGCGUCCCCAGAAACAACACACGGUGAGCCUGAGCUUGAUGAGUCCGUAGAUAUCUCGCAGGUCAAAACUGCAUUCGACCUGAUCAAUCGUAGCAGAAGGUUGCCUGUGAUGCUAGAGGUAUUCCUUGACGCUGUUGCGGACAACUUUCAUAUGGUGGUGGUGGAUAUUCAACGAUACCUUGCGCAGUACCAGGUAGACCGCGAUCCUGAGACCAUCCUGCAACUCGUUUUUCGUCUUGUAGAAUGGUAUCGUACUUGGGCACCAAUAGAAGAAUUGGGACCGACGAUACGGACAGCUUAUACUCUAACGUUCCAAACGCGCCUCUUUUCCGCUCUUCCUGCCGAGUUUUUGGGUGGCUUUAAAGCCCUUUGUGCGUCGUCGUUGGUCAAGCCGAGCCCUCAUACCGCCCAAAUGUGGGCCUCAUUUGAAACACUUGGGAUGGCCGACCGUUACGAGGGUAUCGUGGCUACUGUCGGAUAUGAACGCAUCGAGCACUAUAUUCACGAGACGUACGCGAAAAAGUGGGAUGGUCAAAUCCUACCAGACCUAAGAAAAUGGAUGAGCACCAACAUUGUGCCGUGGAUGUUGCCGAUGUAUGCCAAAGGGGCUAGCAGCACUGAUGACGCCAGGAGUAUGUUAGCGAAUGUUGGUGCGCGAUUUGACUUUCACAUGAACAAGACUCUGUGUGAUCUACGGACAUCCGAAAUAUUUGACAUUAUUGUCGACUACCCUGACUCGGAAGGCGCUUUGAAAGACCUCAGGGAAUGCUUACAACGAGUCGAUCAACGUGCAACUCUUGUUCAAGCUCUGCGCAGAGCGAAUCACAAACGGCUGCUACAUCCGGGGGCUGACACUAAAAUUAUUCUCCAGCAAUAUGUGGCCACUAUCAAAUGUUUGCGGAUCGUGGACCCACCAGGUGUAUUGUUGUUCAAGGUAGCAGAUCCUAUACGACGAUAUCUAAGAGAACGACCGGACACUAUUCGAAGCAUUGUGGCCAACCUUGUUGGGGACGACGACGGAGGCGACUCGCUAGUGGACGAAAAUGAUCAACCUGUACCUUUGCAGCAGCAAGAUGCCGACAAUUUUAAUGAUCCUAACUGGGACCCGGAGCCCGUCGAUGCUGGCCCAGAGUUCCGAACGAACAAGCCGAGCGACGUAAUCAGCACCCUUGUUAGUAUCUACGACUCCAAAGACCUCUUUGUCAAAGAGUUACAAGUGCUGCUUGCGCAACGGCUACUUGCAAUCAAGGAAGAGGAUAAUACGGCCAAGGUCGACAAGGAGCGUCGGACGAUCGAAAUUCUGAAGAUUCGAUUCGGGGAAGCGGCAAUGCAAGUAUGCGAGGUCAUGCUCAAGGACAUGAGCGACUCCAAGCGGAUAGACACCCACAUACAGUCACAGAAACCCUCUAUCGUGCAUCCUACAAUCAUUUCGAGAAACUUUUGGCCGGCUCUCGAGUCCAGUGACAUUAUUAUGCCCGGACAGUUCCAGGAACUGCAGAAAGCUUACGCGAAGGAAUACACGGUAUCUAAGCCAGACAAGAAGCUGCGUUGGCUCCCACAUCUCGGCACUGUACAUCUUGAGCUGGAGCUUCGAGACCGCAAGGUCGAUGUCGAUGUCCCACCACUCGAAGCGGCGUUUAUAGAAUUAUUCUCUCAGAAAAAUGUCUGGACAAUGGAAGAGCUCAUAGCAGGUGUCGGGUCUGUCGAUCGGACUGCAGCCCUCAAGGCUUUGAUCACAUGGAUCGAUCUUGGAGUGCUAAAGGAAGACCAAGAGAAUGUGUUCCGUUUACUCGAAGUUGAGGAGGAGUCCGGCCCCGCGCCAUCUCGUUCCGUUCCAAUGGCCGUCGAAGAACCCGCGCUCACCGCUGCUCAACAACAGCAUGCUGAUCAGAUGCGGUUGUACUGGAACUUUAUCGAGGGGAUGCUCACGAAUCUGGGACCGAUGUCACUUGACAAGAUACAGAGCAUGCUGCGACUUGCCCCAAACUACGACCAGUCGAUCGACCAGCUUGCUGGAUUCAUGGCGGCCGCGUCGAGGAGCGGUAGGGUAACUUCGAAGGAUGGGCUAUGGAUGCUGAAUGCGUGA